AUGGGAGGAGUGGGCAAAACAACGCUAGUCCAACUUGUCUACAAUGAUGCCAGAGUUGAAGAUCACUUUGAUCUCAAAGCUUGGACUUGUGUUUCCGAAGAUUUUGAUGUUGUUAGGCUAACAAAAACAGUUCUACACUCGGUUGAUACUAGGACUGAUGAAGUAAAUGAUCUAAAUUUGCUUCAAGUCAAACUCAAGGAGAAACUAAUUGGAAAAAAGUUUUUGCUUGUUUUGGAUGAUAUAUGGAAUGAUGAUUAUGAUGACUGGACGGUAUUACGUUGUCCAUUUGAAGUUGGGUUACCAGGAAGUAAGAUUAUUGUCACAACUCGUAGUCAAAAUGUUUCAAAAAUCAUGGGUACUCUUCCAGCUUACUCAUUAAAUCAACUAUCAAAUGACGCUUGUUUGAGUGUAUUCUCAAGACACUCAUUGGGGACAAAUGAUUUUAGUAUGCAUCAAUACCUUAAGGGCACUGGUGAGCUGAUAGUGAGAAAAUGUAACGGUUUGCCUUUAGCAGCAAAAACUCUUGGUGGCCUUCUACGUGGUAAAUAUGAUCCUAACGAUUGGGAAGAUGUGCUCAAUAGCAAUAUAUGGGACUUACCGGGUGGAAUUAUACCAGCUCUAAGGUUAAGUUACCAUUAUCUACCUCCACAUUUGAAACGGUGUUUUGCAUAUUGCUCGUUAUUCCCUAUGGGAUACGAAUUUCAAGAGGAGGAGGUGAUAUUAUUAUGGAUGGCUGAAGGUUUCUUGCAACAUGAAAUUGGUGAGAGGCAAAUGGAAGUUUUGGGUCGCAAGUCAUUUCGUGAGUUGUACGCAAGGUCAUUUUUCCAACACUCAAGCAAAGAUACUUCUUGGUUUGUUAUGCACGAUCUCAUCAAUGAUUUAGCUCAAUGGGCUGCAGAAGAAAUUUGCUUUAUGAUGGAAAACGCACUGGAGAGUGAUAAGAAAGAAAAAAUCUCAAAAAAUCUUCGCCAUUUAUCAUACAUUGGCGGCAAAUAUGACGGCCUUAAGAAGUUUGAGGCCUUGAAAGAUGUCAAGCAGCUACGGACCUUUUUGUCACUCAAGCUGGUGCAUCCCGGCUGGUGUUACUUGACCUAUAAUGUUGUUUUGCAUAUACUGCCAAAACUACAACGCUUAAGGGUCUUAUCUUUACAUGGGUAUCGCAUUGUUGAGCUGCCAAAUGGAAUUGGUUAUUUGAAACAGCUACGCUACCUUGAUCUCUCCAGUACUGCAAUUGAAAUUUUACCUGACUCAAUCAGCAAUCUUUACAAUUUACAAACACUUAAAUUAGAAAAUUGCCGUCGACUGAAGAAAUUGUGUGCACAAAUUGGGAGCCUAAUAAACCUACAACAUCUCAAUAAUUCUAACGCACAUUCGUUGGAAGAAAUGCCUUUGAGCAUCAGUAAGUUAACUGGUCUCCGAACACUGCCCUUUUUUGUAGUAGGCAAAGGAAUCUGCUCUGGGCUAGGAGGGUUGAAGUCAUUGAUGCAUAUUCGGGAGACACUUCACAUUUCAAGGUUGGAGAAUGUUGAUGAUGUUGGGGAUGCCAAGGAUGCCAGUUUACAUAGCAUGAGGAACCUUAAUGCUGUACUGUUGGAAUGGGCAAACAGUCUUGGAGUUUCAAAUAAGCCAAGAACUGAAACACAUGUGCUUAAUGUGCUGAAACCUCACCAGAAGCUGAAAGAGCUCACUGUCAGGGGCUAUGGUGGCACAAGAUUCCCAACUUGGUUAGGGGAUUUCUCAUUUUCAGAUUUAGUGAUCCUACGACUUGAAGAUUGUGGUAAGUGUACUUUCUUGCCAUCUGUUGGACAACUACCCUUUCUCAAGGGACUUUUCAUCAAAGGAAUGGCUGGAGUAAAGAUUGUUGGACUGGAGUUUAAUGGAAAUUGCCUCUCAGUGCCUUUUCCUUCACUGGAGACUCUUUGUUUUGAGUGUAUGCAAGAAUGGGAAAACUGGAUUCCUCAUGAACCUGGUCAAGAAGUUAUAGGUUUUCCUCGUCUACAGGUGCUUUCAAUCGUAAGAUGUUCUAGACUUCUAGGCGUAUUGCCAGAGCAUCUCCCUUCAUUGAAAAGGCUUGUGGUUAAAAGAUGUGAGCUGUUGGUGGUGUCAGUUCCAAGUCUUCCAUCCCUUUGCAAAUUAGAAAUUGAUGCAUGCAAAGAGGUGGUGUGGAAAACUAAUGUCGACCUUAGCUCAGUGAGCUCUGUGGUUCUUUCUGAUAUGUCAAGUCACAUGCUUGAAUCUGAGCGCUUUCUGCCAGUCUUACCAAAAUUAGAAGAAUUGAAGAUUGUUGGCUGUAAAGAUCUAAUAUUUUUCUGUCAGAGUGGAAAUAGUUUAAUGAAAGAUGUUAGCUACCUUUGUCAAUUGGUGAUUGAGCAGUGUCCCCAACUUCUUUCCUUGGUGGCAGAGGAAGGAGAACAGCAGCAAUAUGGGUCUCCUUGCAGACUUCAAUCCUUGGAGUUGAGGGAUUGUGAAUCCCUUGUGAAGUUACCUCAAGUAUUGAACAACCUUAGUUCCCUCAGGGAGAUAUCUAUCCAAGAAUGCCCGAAACUUGUUUCCUUUCCAGAGGCUAGUCUACCUUCCCAGCUUAGAUUCAUUAGCAUUUUCAAAUGCAAUGCACUAAAAUCCUUACCUGAGGCAUGGAUGCACAGCAGCGAUACGUCUCUUGAAAGUUUGUCUAUUGGAUUCUGUGAUUCUUUGACAUGUAUUGCUACAGUGCAUCUGCCUCCGAAUCUAAAGCGGUUGGUUAUCCAUGGUUGCAAUAAUCUAGAGACUUUGAUAGAUGAGGAGGAAGUUUCGGUGAUGCACGAGGAGAAUAUCAAAAGAGGCAGCAGUUGUAGGGAUACUUCUUUUCUUGAGUACUUGGAGAUUAAACACUGUCCAUCCCUUACAUCCGUAUGGUCAAAAAGUGAGUUACCUGCCACACUUCAACAAAUGGAGAUUUUUCAUUGCUCAAAUCUUGUUUCCUUAUCAUCAAGAGGCAAUCUUCCUAAGGCUCUCAAAUACCUAUUUAUUGAUAGAUGUUCAAAGAUGGAGUCAUUGGCAGAAAGAGUGCACAAUAACACUUCUCUAGAAAGUAUUACAAUUUGUGAUUGUGAAAAUCUUACAUCAUUACCCAAUGACUUGCACCAACUCCGGCAUCUUCAAAAGUUAAGUAUAUUGGAUUGUCCAAACUUUGUUUCCUUUGCAGAAGGAGGAUUGCCUUCUACUAAACUAUCAGACUUCUCCAUUAUUGGGUGUGAGAAACUGGAGGACCUACCUAAUUGCAUGCACAAUCUCAACUCUCUUCAAUAUUUAGCAAUAUUAAAUUGUCCAAGCAUUGUAUCCUUCCCUGAGGAUGGCUUUCCAACCAACCUUCUGUCACUUGAGAUUAAAGAUCUAAGUAUCUGUAAGUCUUUGUUCAUGUGGGGAUUGCAGAAACUCACCUCUCUUAGACGACUCUGCAUAAGUGGGGAAUGUUCAGACAUGGUAUCAUUUCCAUGUGAGAAGAUAGAAAUGAAGCUUCCUACUUCUCUAAUUCAACUGCAGAUUGAAAAUUUUCCGGACCUGGAAUGUCUAUCCUCCACUGUUCAAAACCUCCCAUCCUUGGAAGAGCUGGAACUCUAUAGUUGUCCUAAGCUCAAAUACUUUCCAAGGGUUGGUCUGCCUCCCUCGCUUUUGCGACUAUAUAUAGAUGGAUGUCCUCUGCUACAAAAACGGUGUAGGAAGGAUAAAGGAAAAUAUUGGUCCAUGAUAGCCCAUAUACCUUAUGUUUUCACAGAUUGGAGAUGGGUGUUUGAUCAAAGAAGAGUAUUAAAUCCUGUUUAA